GCCCGCCCAAAAGAGGGCGUCUGGAGGUAGGACUGCUGGCAGGUUUUGGUCCCAAGUGGUUGGCUUUGGGGAAGAAGAAAGGAAAAGCCAAUGGAAUCUGACGCCAGCCGGUGUUCGAGAGAUGGGGUAACAGGAACCAUCGAUCUGUCGGGACCGGCGGCCGACCUCACCGGUCGUCUCCACCAUCUACCAUGCUGCAUAAAACAGACCGGUCCAUGCUCCGUCUCUGACUACUUCAAGCCCAAGCCAACAGGUGUUGUUAUUGAUGGGGUGGUGGUGGAGGAGGCCGCGUUCAGGGGACGGAAAUUGGAUGGUGCCACCAUCCCAAUUCCAGAUGGCUACUGUGGAUUUGUCCUAGAGAAGAACAGCAACGAAAAUAUUUCAAGUGGGGAAACAAACCACUGGAGAGCACGUUCAAAGUUUAGAAGCAUCACAUAUUGGAAUCAUGACUCUCUUCCUUCACGUGAUGAUGAGUUCAUGAGAUUAUUUCACUGGUUUUCUGUUGCAAAUGCUUUGCACAAAUCAGUGUUGACAGAUGGGCUGGAGAGUUCCACUAAUGUAGAUGAAAGUAUAUUUGAUAAGCAAGUUGGACUUGAUAAAUCCUCAAAAUCCAACGUGAAGAAGAGCAUUGAAGACUAUCCUGCUGAAAUUGUUGAGAAUAGCCUGUUGUGAUUCACCGAAUCUGUUUGCUGAUACAAAUCCAACACAGCAGCUUAUUUGAAGUGCUUGCAGCUGACUGCAGGGAAAAUGGAUAAUGCACAUGGAUGCAGGAAAUAUGCUUGCAGAUGCAUAAUGGUACAAGGUUUGAGAGAGAGAGAGAGAAGAUCUUGCCAAUUGCCAUCUUUCAGUUCAACUUUCAUGUUCAAGCUAACUGCAUGAAACUCCCAAACUCUGGUAUUUGACACCAAAAUGUAAUUGCAGAUGAAUAGUCAAGAAGCAGUUGCAGUUCAAUGGUUAGUCAAAGGUUUAUUAAGUGGUCAUAAGGACAUCCUACGUUAUAUUGCACAAGCUCCGUUUGUCCGAACCUGAGAGGAGGUGGGCUUGAAUGGCACAUGCUUAGCGUUUUCUUUUCCCUCAAUCCAGAGAAAUGCAUGUAGAGUUUAUGCCUAUGGUUUAAAAAUUUGUUGCAUUUAUGUUCUAAGUGAAUCAUGUUAAAACUUGACUUAAUAAUCUCAUGUGCAAGUUGAAAAUUUGUCUAUUUGACCCAGUUCAAGCUCCA